CUAAAUCAAACAACCACGUAUCUAUUUAUUAGUAAUAUCUUUCUUCGCAGAUUCUGCACAGUGUUGCCUCUGUUUAGACUUUAAACUUAAUAUCCCGCAUUCAUCGCCAGUGAGGUCUGCUUCCCGUUGAAUUCAACAUCUGGACUCUCGGUGAUGUGAGCUAGAAACAUAGUUUGGCAUGAAGCCAAGUGCACCCACCGGCCAGGUAAGAUAAGAGAUGCUGAGGUCGGAGGUUCACUUAUAAUAUUCAUGCAAUGGCAGCAGAUAGUUGAAAUCUGCCUUCUUCAAUACUACCGGUACCACCGGGCAGGAAGCAACCUUCUUGAUAGACUUUCAACUAGGCCAGGUAAGGUACCGACCGAGCAAUUGAUCUUUAGUUGGACCUCGGCUCGGUCCCCGCGUUUAUAGAAUCCGGGGAUCCUUCAAUUUCAUAGCUUACCCACUUCAAUACUCCUCUUACUCUUACAUACAAGUCACUCCUCUCUCUCCUUCGACCUGUUGUUUUAUAUUAUAUUCAUUCAAUUCGAGAAACAACAUAUUUCGAACCAACAAAACCAUAUCUAUAACCUCUGAAACAACCUACAAGAUGCGUGGAAUUCAAAUCAAAGAAUAUGUCAAAGGACCUCAAGAUCUUAAAGUCACGGAUUUGCCUGAUCCAGUACCAAACCCCGAUCAAUACUUGAUUGAAAUUCAUGCCACCGCUACCAAUUUCUACGACCUGCUCCAAAUUCGCGGGAAAUAUCAACACCAACCUCCUCUACCUUGGAUUUCCGGCUCAGAAUUCAGCGGCACCAUUCUUUCCACACCCUCCUCUUCCUCAUCUCCUAAAUACAAACCCGGCGACCGCGUCUUUGGCGCCUCUCAAGGUGGCUAUGCAACUCUUGUCUGCGCCCAAGAAGCUUCUCUCUACCCCGUCCCCGACUCCUGGUCUUUCUUCGAAGCAGCCGGUCUCUUCGUCACCGCUCCCACAUCCUACGGCGCCCUCGUCACACGCGCGAAUAUAAAAUCUGGAGACUAUGUCCUGAUUCACGCUGCUGCCGGUGGAGUCGGUCUUGCAGCCGUGCAGAUUGCAAAGGCAUUCGGCGCAACUGUUAUAGCUACUGCUGGCACGAAGCGAAAGCUGGAGGUAGCGCGAGAAUUUGGCGCCGAUCAUGUUAUUGAUUACGGCGAUGCUUCUUGGCCCGAUCAAGUCAAGAAAUUAACACCAAACAACAGAGGUGUAGAUAUCGUAUUCGAUCCAGUGGGCCUAAUCGACAAAUCGACAAAAUGCAUACGCUGGAACGGACGACUCCUUGUUAUCGGAUUCGCAGCCGGAAAUAUCGAGAAAGUGGCGAUGAAUAAGGUUUUGUUGAAGAAUAUAAGUAUAGUGGGAUUACACUGGGGAGCAUAUGUGCAGAACGAACCGGAAAAGAUCCAAGAGGUAUGGGAGGGUAUUUUUAAAUUGAUCAAAGAGGGAAAAUUUAGAGGAACCGUCUUUAGGGAUAAGGAGCUUGUGGGGCUGGAGGAUGUUCCAGGAGCAUUGGAGAGUUUAGGGGGGAGGGGGACAUGGGGAAAGGUUGUUGUGAAGGUUGAGAAGAAUGGAAAAGAGGGGAGGAGUAAGAUUUAGACGAGGGGAGGGAAGAAGGACAGGUGGUUGGAUUAUAGAUGAACAGGGGAGAUAUGCUAUUAGCGAGGAUCUAAGGGACCGUAGUGCACCUUUGUAUGUGUGUUAUACAAACUGAACUAGACUACAUGACCGACUGCAUUACUAAAGAGAUAUGGGAUGGGUUAUUGGAAGUUGUCUUGAUAGAGAAGAUACUUCAAAUGAAUUCCUGGCACAUAGAUUGAAGAGUUACAGUAUCAGCUCACAGAAUUUAGAGUAUGCAAAACAACUACUCCAAGAUUUUUAGGAAAAUUGCAACGAGCUCAUGUCGGAUGACGAUUCAUACACACAUCCUCACAUCCCAUCAUCAUUACAUCACACGCUG